CUGUUUCUCAAGAGAACAAGAGAAGUUUGCUGGGGUUCUGUGAUAGCAACAGAGACUGCUUAGGAGUAUUUAAAGGCAAGCACAAGCUAUGGGAUCAUUUAAGAACCCACACGCAAGAAAGAGUUGUAGCAUGUCCUACUUGUGGAGGAAUGUUCUCCAAUAACACUAAGUUUUUUGAUCACGUAAAGAGACAAGUUUCAGAAGAUAAACAAAUAUUUGUUUGCCAGAACUGUCACAAACAUUUUGCCAAUGAAAGACUGCUACGAGAUCACAUGAGAGGACAUGUUAACCGUGUUACGUGCCCGCUUUGUGAUGUAGUAUGCACAAGUGUCUCCUCACUGAAAGCACACACCAGAUACCGACACUGUGAUGAACGCCCUUUCCAUUGUCACCUCUGUGUCAGCAGUUUUAAGAACGCGUAUGAUCUGCAUAAACAUGUUGAAACACACAAUGAUUCAGAUGCCUACAGCUGUGAUGUUGAAGGAUGUGGUUUUACUUCACGGACUUUACAAACUUUGAAACAGCAUUACAAGAGAGCACAUGUGAGUAAUGGUAUUCUGAAAUACAAAUGCCACAUCUGUCAGAAAUGUUUCUGCUGGAGUUAUUCAUUGACCCUACAUCUUCGAAAAGCACACAAACUCAGCAGUCAUUCUCGUUUCAGGUAUAAAGAAGAUGAUGAGGGCCACAUGAGUUUGAAUUUAGCAGUAUAUAAUGCUGUCACAGGCUUAGGUCAGACUCCUAAUAACAAGAUGAUAAUAAAUAAGUUGUCAGUAAGUCAAAAUAGUUUUGAAAGAGAAGGAGGGGACUCUUGCGAAAGGGACACUUCAACAGCAGAAGUACUUUUCACACAACUUCAGCCAUGGUUACAAGCUACUGGAGAAAAUGUUCUGGUAGAAGCAGAGUUUUCUAUACCUGAGCUUGUGUAUUCGGAACUUCAGACCGCAGUACAGACAUUUGAAAGCUGUUCUACUUCCUCGAGAGUUGAUGAAGCCACACCAGUGAAUGUGAAGGAAAAACUAAUAGAAAUUGACCUGGGCUUGGGAAUUCAGAUGGCUUUCUAG